GACUCCCAUUGGCUGUCGCGUCGUCGGGGGGCCGUGGCUACGGGAGCCGGGCGGGCACAUUUCGAACCGUGGCUGGGGCGGCGGCGGCGGCCGUGGAGGCUGCGACGGUGAAGGAUGCACCCGGCAGGCUUGGCGGCGGCGGGGACGCCCCGGCAGCCGUCGAAGCGGAGGAUCCCCGUGUCCCAGCCGGGCAUGGCUGACCCCCACCAGCUCUUCGAUGACACAAGUUCGGCCCAGAGCCGGGGCUACGGGGCCCAGCGGGCUCCCAGCGGCCUGGGCUACCCUGCAGCCUCCGCGUCCCCGCAGGCCGCCUUCCUGGCUGACCCUGUGUCCAACAUGGCCAUGGCCUACGGGAGCAGCCUGGCCGCACAGGGCAAGGAGCUGGUGGAUAAGAACAUCGACCGCUUCAUCCCCGUCACCAAGCUCAAGUAUUACUUUGCCGUGGACACCAUGUAUGUGGGCAAAAAGCUGGGCCUGCUCUUCUUCCCCUACCUGCACCAGGACUGGGAAGUGCAGUACCAGCAGGACACUCCCGUGGCCCCCCGCUUUGAUGUCAACGCUCCUGACCUCUACAUUCCAGCUAUGGCUUUCAUCACUUAUGUCUUGGUGGCUGGCCUGGCGCUGGGGACCCAGGAUAGGUUCUCCCCGGACCUCCUUGGGCUGCAGGCAAGCUCUGCGUUGGCCUGGCUGACACUGGAGGUGCUGGCCAUCCUGCUCAGUCUCUACCUGGUCACUGUCAACACUGACCUCACCACUAUCGACCUGGUGGCCUUCUUGGGCUAUAAAUACGUUGGGAUGAUUGGCGGGGUCCUUAUGGGCCUGCUCUUUGGGAAGAUUGGCUACUACGUGGUGCUGGGGUGGUGCUGCGUGUCUAUCUUUGUGUUCAUGAUCCGGACGCUGCGGCUGAAGAUCCUGGCGGAGGCGGCGGCCGAGGGCGUCCCGGUGCGCGGGGCGCGGAACCAGCUGCGCAUGUACCUGACCAUGGCCGUGGCGGCGGCGCAGCCCCUGCUCAUGUACUGGCUCACCUUCCACCUGGUGCGGUGAGGGCGGCCCCGGCCCCCGCCCCGCCCCGCCCC